GUAUCUUCCUGAUUUUACGUUGAAUGUGUCAUAAAUAAUCUAUAGCCGGGAGCGGAUUUCGUUGUUUGGGGAUUUAUGUGGACCGUUGGCGAAGGCUUCUGGAAUACUACACCGUUGAAUCAGCGUCUCCUAAUCGAAGGCGAGUGCCAGAAGUGCACGUUUAUAUGCACCUGUCUUGAAGAGCCGACCACCUGCCCAGUGUUUAGUCUCAAAACUUCCUGAUCACACAAACAAAACUGCAUCGUGUCUCCAGACUUAUGCAAAGAUCCUCUUGUCGUAAACAGUUUACCACCGAUUUACGGACGUUUCAAAUGCGUCCAGAGCCUGACUUGGUCUCAGUCAGACUAGAUAAUGUGUCGUGUGUACGAAUGAUGUUCAACGAAGAGGACAUGUUGGAAGUGUUUAUUUGAUGACUGCCGUCGGAAGGGCGUAACGUACAUACACCAUGGCCACACCGGACUUCGAUAAUGACAUGGGAGACUCGGACGACUACGAAACGGACCUGGAAUUAGAAGAACCUGAGGCCGUGGUUCAGGAAUACGACCCUGUGAGUGAGAUGACAAGACUGUACCGGUCAGUGUGCAGAAGGACAGGGGUGGUGCCGGCCUCCACGUUUCUGCGCCAGAUAACGGCAAGGGAGCUCAACAUGGACCACUACGGGCUGGGUCCUACAGGGACGAAGUGUAUCGCAACAGCCCUCACGAUCAACACCUUCAUAGAGAGGCUGAGUCUGGAGGAUAACUGGAUGACAGGCGAGGGGGCGGAGUACAUGGCGGACAUGCUGAAGGAAAACCCCAGCAUCACAGACAUAAACCUUGCCAACAACAGACUCGGUACAGAAGGAGCGGAGGCGAUGGGAGACAUGUUGGUGGAGAACGGGUCUCUCAGGAGAGUCAACCUGGCAGGUAAGGCUGCACUUACUUGGCUGCACUUGUUGGCUACAAAAUAUUGA